AUGGUUACACAAGCUGUGAAUGUACUUCUUAAUGCCACCAUUAAAAAAUGGGUAAAAUGGAAGGCAUCUUUGCGCUCACUGAAUAAACACUCUUCUAAUAAACUUAAAAAUUUUAUGAAGUUAUCAUUGAAAUUAAACGGUGGCAGACAUAUCCAAAGAAUACUGCAGGAAUUUAAUCCUUUUACGAAUCUUGUGAUAGAUAGAUGUGUGGAGAUGGCAACUACUGGGCAACAGAGCAAUAUUGAAAUGGUGGUAAUAUGGGGAAAUAGUAUUAUCAUGUUAGAAGUCUUGGAACAAUCUGGGCUCCGGGUUCGGGUCGCCCGGAGGCCCGACACCCCACAGUCCUGUAUCCAUACGAGGGGCGACAGCCCAACUCCAACAUAG